CCGGGGUGCGAUGCCGUGUUAGCCGGCGGCUCGCCCCGAGGUAGCGCCGGCGGGAAGGAGCGCGAGUUGCCGGGGCUGUGGCUGACACCAUGGGCACCGGGCGGGGGGGCGAGGCGGCCGGGCUCCCUGCGCUCCUCCGCUGAGCCCGGGGAUGUGCCGGCGCCCGGAGGAAUUAUUUUGGAACUAGCACGGAGCGGUGGGAGGAGGACGAGCGGCACAGCGCUUCACGGCUGCGAGGAGGUCGUCCGGCGGUGCUGUAUAGGCAAACAAAUAUCACUUGCUGUGUCAUAGCACAUGGAUUUCAGGACCGCCUGUGAAGAGACAAAGACAGGGGUUUGUUUGCUGCAGGAUGGUAAUCAGGAGCCUUUCAAAGUGCGACUGCACUUAGCCAAAGAUAUUUUGAUGAUCCAGGAGCAGGAUGUGAUCUGUGUGUCUGGUGAGCCUUUCUAUUCUGGUGAAAGAACAGUAACAAUUAGAAGACAGACCAUAGGAGGAUUUGGGUUAAGUAUAAAGGGUGGAGCAGAACAUAAUAUUCCAGUGGUCAUUUCUAAGAUUUCCAAAGAACAAAGAGCGGAACUUUCAGGUUUGCUCUUUAUAGGAGAUGCAAUUCUACAGAUUAAUGGAAUUAAUGUGAGAAAAUGCAGGCAUGAAGAAGUGGUACAGGUCCUUCGCAACGCAGGGGAAGAGGUGACCCUAACUGUGUCCUUUCUGAAAAGAGCACCUGCUUUUCUCAAACUGCCACUGAAUGAAGACUGUGCAUGUGCCCCCAGUGACCAAAGCAGUGGCACAUCUUCUCCCCUCUGUGACAGUGGUUUGCAUCUCAACUACCACCCCAACAACACGGAUACAUUAUCAUGUUCCUCAUGGCCAGCAUCCCCAGGACUUAGGUGGGAGAAAAGGUGGUGUGAUCUUCGAUUAAUUCCACUUCUUCAUUCACGAUUUUCCCAAUACCUUCCAGGAUCAGAUUUGUGCAGGCAAAAUGCGUUCCAAGUAAUUGCUGUGGAUGGGGUUUGCAGUGGAAUAAUUCAGUGUCUUUCUGCUGAAGACUGUAUUGACUGGCUACAAGCAAUAGCAAGUAACAUUUCCAACCUCACAAAGCACAAUAUUAAAAAAAUCAACAGGAAUUUUCCCGUAAACCAGCAGAUAGUCUACAUGGGCUGGACGGAAGAACGGGAACAAGACUCCCUUCAGGACCGAAUGUACACACCAAAGUUUCUAGCACUGAGGGGAUCUUCCCUGUAUAAAUUUAUAGCACCUCCAGUCACAACCUGGGAUUGGACACGAGCUGAGAAAACAUUUUCAGUUUAUGAGAUAAUGUGCAAAAUUCUCAAGGACAGUGAUCUCCUGGACCGUCGGAAACAUUGCUUCAGUGUCCAGUCAGAAUCUGGAGAAGAUCUUUACUUUUCUGUGGAACUAGAGUCUGACCUAACACUAUGGGAAAAAGCCUUCCAAACAGCAACUUUUUUAGAAGUUGAACGGAUACAGUGCAAGACAUAUGCCUGUGUUUUAGAGAGUCAUCUUAUGGGACUUACCAUUGACUUCAGCAUGGGCUUUGUCUGUUUUGAUGCUGCCACAAAGGCUGUGCUUUGGAGGUACAAGUUUUCUCAGCUCAAAGGUUCUUCAGAUGAUGGGAAGAGCAAAAUCAAAUUUUUGUUCCAAAACCAAGAUACUAAACAAAUCGAAGCAAAGGAGCUGGAGUUUUCUAACCUGUUUGCAGUCCUUCACUGUAUUCACUCAUUCUUUGCAGCCAAAGUGGCUUGUUUGGACCCUUUGUAUGUAGGCAGCCAAGCCACAGCUUCUUCUGCUCCCACAACUUCUGGUACUAGCAAAUUAAAGUACACUACUUGACAUCCCCCAUGACAGCACUGCCACUUAACAAGACAUAAAAAUGUAUAAAUAUUCAUAAGAUUUAGACCUUUGGUGAACCAUGUAUGUGGAAAACAAUCCUGGAGGCAAGACAUCUUACAGCAUCAGCAGAUAAAUGGUCACGUGGGAUCCUAAUUUCAUCUUGGUUCUGCAAGACAUCAGUAAAUAAUCCUAGUCUAAACCCCAGAAUAGGAUGGAUAUGCUUUUAGUAUUAUCUAUUUGUACUUACAUAGUGCUUUAAGCAACAUUGGAAGCAAAGGAAUA